AUGGCCGCCGCACCGACGGUGGCGUCGCAGAUGGUGCCGCUGGGCGAGCUUUUCAACACCGCGGGGGCCGGCGACGGCAUCCGGCAUUACCUCGCCGCCAAGAAGAUAUCCACCACCCCGACGCUCGCCCUGAUCGCCAAGAACGCCGAGGACUUCACGACGAUGAUCGUGGCGCCCUUCCUCGCCGGAGUGACCAUAGACGGCCAGGAUCACAAGGCGGAGGCAGGCGAUGAGCCGGUGGCGACCGCCAUCAUGAUUCACUUGUUUGUGGAAGCUCGCCGCCAAUGGGACAUCUUUUCUCAGGCGCCGACAGCUCCACAACCACAGGCGGCCGCGGCCACGGCGGCACAGACAGCAGCCGGGAACACGCCGACCGCGGCAGCGACGGCGGCACACAUCCCCGACCGCCCGCCGAAGACUUUCGCCGCUUGGACCCAGCAGGUGACGGCCUAUGAAGAGAAGCUGUUCGACGGGAAACGCCGCACCUUCCCUGUGCAGGAGCUCCUCGGCGCCGAGGAGGUGCUGGCGCGGAUGUGGUUCGAACACACCGUGACCAAGAUGUACACGCCGGUCACCCUGGGCGAGAUCCUAUGCCGCCGCACUUGGACGCCCGGCAGGAUGCUCAACCCCUUGGCCGCCGAAAGGGCGGCGAAAUCCGCCGGUUCCAAGGCUUUGCGGCUGGAGCACGGCGCCCUGGUGCCCGAGGAGCCCUCCGAGUGGUCGCCGUGGGGCCUCCUCUCGACCAUCGACGGCGCCAACGCCGCCAGGUGGGCUUGGAUUCUCUUGGGGAUCGGCGAGGAGGCCGACGUGAUCAAGUACGCCGACUGGUUUGUGGCCAAAGCCAGGGCGCACGCCGACAUGGUUCCGGCGAUCCAGGCCUUUUGGCCUGAGGAACAGUACCUCCUUCGGCGAGGCGGUGAAGAGCGUCAUGAACGAUGUGGCGACCUGGCAGGAGAUCGCCGCGCCUCCUAG